AUGGACAACCCCGAGCUGCGACAACGAAAACAACCACCGUCUACCGAUGGCGCAGCAGGGCUGCAGCAGCCCAACGAGUGGGAGCCCCGCCUAAAGUAUGGCAUCACCAUGCAAAUCGUCCGAUCACUUCUUCUGGCCACCUUUUUCAACUGUUGCGCCGUGGUCACCGUCGUGACUCAGCUGAUUGGAACGCCGUUAUACGUGAUAAACAAAGACUGGUAUUAUUUGUAUAUGGCAAUGACAAAGCAGGCCUUUGGCUUAGUGAUCACCGCUCUUACUGAGUGGGGUUGUCCAACUCCGGUCAGAGUCUGUGGUGAUGCGAGCGUGCGAGGUCAGAUUCACUUGUUGGAAGACGGGCGGUUGAAGACGCAAUUUUCAGAGCGUAUGGUAUUGGUUGCCAACCAUCAGGUCUAUACGGAUUGGAUCUAUAUAUGGUGGCUUGCCUACACCAACGUGAUGCACGGCCGAAUGUUCAUUAUCCUUAAGGAAUCCCUCAAAUAUAUUCCCAUCCUUGGUCAGGGCAUGAUGUUUUACGGCUUCAUUUUCAUGGCUCGCAAGUGGCUUUCCGAUAAGCCACGACUUCAGCAUCGGUUGGAGAAGCUCAAGACCAAGCACAAGGGCUCCAAGUCUGAGGAUCCGGAGUACGAUCCUAUGUGGCUUCUGAUCUUCCCCGAAGGAACGAAUUUAUCCAUCAACACAAAGCGCCGUAGCGACGCAUAUGGGGAGAAAGUAGGAAUCCAGCCUUUUAGGCACGCAUUGCUUCCCCGAUCGACCGGUCUUUUCUUCUGUUUGCAGCAAUUAAGGGGAACCGUGGAUUGGGUGUACGACUGCACGGUAGCUUACGAAGGACCUCCAAGAGGAAGCUACCCUGAUAAGUACUUUACACUCCGAUCAACAUGCUUGCAAGGACGGCCACCCAAGUGUGUCAACAUGCACUGGAGGCGCUUUCGAAUCUCCGAAAUUCCGUUGGAUGACCAGAAGAAUUUCGAGGAAUGGCUGCUGGCACGGUGGACGGAGAAGGAUCAGCUGCUUGAAGAGUGCUAUGAGACCGGUCGGUUCCCUACCGACUUAGCUGGAACCAUUGAAGCUGGGAAUAUUUCGGAGAAGCAGAAAACUGCUGCUUCCAAUGGAUACGCCGAGACCUCUGUCCGAUUGGGCCACUGGACUGAACUUUUGCAGGUAUUUGGAGUAUUAUUUGGCGUUGCUUGCUUGUGCAAGUUGCCGAGCCUUAUGGGAUUUUGGUAA